AUGAACGACGUUGUCCCUGUCUACUGGCUCGGGCUCGCGAUCGCACCGCAGUGGUGCUCGAUGCUCCGGCCGUUUGUCGCAGGCACGGUCGCCGAGAACCAAUUCCAGCCCAAGACUGCCAAGCACGACGCGACGCUGGACCCUGCCGUGCGGUAUCGGUACACCCGCGGCAACUGCGUCACGUGA